AUGGCGGAGGGAGGCGCGGAGCCCGGGCAUGGCGGCGCCGGCCCUGGGCUGGCCCUGGCCCUGGUGGAGGGCAGCGCCGGCCGCGCCGCCCGCGUCGGGGACCCCGACGACCUGGUGGCCCUGGCGCGGCAGGUGCAGCAGCCAGGAAACAUUUACUACAUGUACAGGAGGGAGAGUGGGCAGCGAUACUUCUCCAUCCUGUCUCCUAAGGAAUGGGGAACCACUCCCCACGAAUUUCUCGGUGCCUAUAAGCUCCAGCACGACAUGUCCUGGACUCCAUUUGAGGACAUUGAGAGACGAGAUGCAGAAAUAGCCAUCCUGGAGAAGCUGCUGAGCCGGCAGGCAGCACUGCCCCCCUGCACAGAGCCCAACUUCCAGGGCCUGACCAAGUCACAGGAGUGACCACACGGGACCCCCUGAGCAGAGUCCCUGUGUGAGGGGACACAGGGCCUGGGCGCUGCCAAAGGCAGGGCAAGGAAAGAGCCCAAGAAACAGAAAUGCUGAUUGCUCUGUGCUUUAAGGACACUAAUUAUGUAUUCAAUCCUACUGGA